AAGCGUCGACAGCCCCGCUCCGCGCUCCUCCCUGUGUGUCGCUGCGCACUUUUCCAAAUGCGUCUCUCCCGCGGACGUUGACCAACUCCGCACAUCCUCUCGACCGUAUUCCACUCUGUUCCUUUUUUCUUUCUCUUCUUCUAGUCACAACCGGAGUCGCGGAGGAAAAACAGGUGGAAGAAGAAAAGGCAGCAGCAGCAGCAGCAGAAGAAGAAGAAGAAGAUGAUGCCGCCCGGCGCUGCGCUCCCCGCGGGCCCGCGCGCCCCGGCGCCCCGCGUCGCGCUGCUGCUGUGGCCGCUGCUGCUCGCGACCUGCUGCGGCGCCGCGGCGGCCCAGGAGCUGCCCGCCAACGGGGUGAACGGCUACAGCCUGCACCCGCCCUACUUCAACCUGGCCGAGGGCACCAAGAUCACCGCGUCGGCGACCUGCGGCGAGGACGACUCCGGCCGGACGCUGCAGGACCUGUACUGCAAGCUGGUCGGGGGCCCGGUGUCCGGGGACCCGAGCCAGACCAUCCAGGGCCAGUACUGUGACAUCUGCAGCCAGGGAGAGAGCGACCGCGCCCAUCCCAUCACCAACGCCGUCGACGGGACCGAGCGGUGGUGGCAGAGCCCGCCUCUGUCCCGCAGCACCGAGUUCAACGAGGUGAACGUCACCCUGGACCUGGGACAGCUCUUCCACGUGGCCUACGUCCUGAUAAAGUUCGCCAACUCUCCCCGACCGGACCUCUGGGUUCUGGAGAGAUCCACCGACUUCGGCCAGACCUACCUGCCCUGGCAGUUCUUUGCCUCCUCUAAGAGAGACUGCAUUGAGCGUUUUGGACAGAGAACCAUCGAAAGGAUCAACAGUGAUGACGACGUCGCCUGCACCACCGAAUACUCGCGUAUCGUCCCGCUGGAAAACGGAGAGAUUGUGGUGUCCUUGGUGAACGGGCGCCCCGGCUCGAUGAACUUCUCCUACUCACCGGUGCUGAGGGAGUUCACCAAGGCCACCAACAUCAGGCUCCGCUUCCUGAGAACCAACACGCUGCUGGGACACCUGAUGGGCAAGGCGCUCCGCGACCCCACAGUCACCCGCAGGUAUUACUACAGUAUCAAAGACAUCAGCAUUGGAGGACGCUGUGUGUGUAAUGGACACGCUGAGGCCUGCAACGCCAAGGACCCCAACGAUCCCUACAAGUUACAGUGCGACUGUCAGCACAACACCUGCGGCGUGUCCUGUGACCAGUGUUGCCCCGGACACAAGCAGUUACCGUGGAAACCGGCCACGACCUACAGCGCCAACAAGUGCGAACCGUGUAACUGUCACCGUCACUCGUUUGACUGUUACUACGACCACGAGGUGGACCAGAGGAGAGGCAGCAUGGACGUCCACGGACACCACAGGGGAGGAGGAGUCUGCCUCAACUGUCAGCAUCACACCACCGGAGUGAACUGUGAGCGCUGCAUCCCCACCUACUACAGGUCACCUGACCACGCCAUGGACUCCCCGCUGGCCUGCUCGCCCUGUGACUGUCGCUCGGAGUUUACAGACGGAACGUGCGAGGAUCUGACCGGUCGCUGCUUCUGCAAACCAAACUACACCGGGGAGAACUGCGACUCGUGCGCCAGCGGCUUCAUCAACUUCCCCGACUGUUACCCCAUCCCCACCUAUCCCACCAACAACAACAACAACGGCGAGGCGAAACCAGCGGGAGAGAUCAUCAACUGUGAGUGCAGCGCCGCAGGCACCGUGGACAACUCGUGCAGGCCGGACCCCCGCACUCGGACCUGCGUCUGCAAACAAGGUUUCACUGGCGACCACUGUGACACCUGCGCUCCAGGCUUCUAUGGACUCAACUGUCAGGCCUGUCAGUGCUCAGGUCCCGGCUGUCUGGACGGGUCAUGUGACCUGUUGACCGGUCACAGUGUGUGUCGGAGCGGGUUCCAGGGUUUCCAGUGCGACCAGUGUGCACCGGGCUACUUCAACUACCCACUCUGCCAACUCUGUGGUUGCAGUUCGGUCGGCUCUCUCCCUGAGGUCUGCGAUCUGUCUGGUCGCUGUCUGUGUAAACCAGAGUUUCAGGGACCUCGAUGUGAACAGUGCAGAUCUGGAUUCCAUUCCUACCCCAACUGUCAAGUGUGCACCUGCGAUCCUCGCACCUCGCUGGACGCCAGCUGCACCGCCUCAGGUCACUGCCACUGCCAGCCCAAUUACAGCGGAGCGACGUGUGACCAGUGUGCCCCUGGUUACUAUGGCUACCCAACCUGCACGCCCUGCCAGUGCUCUGCAGAGGGCUCUCGCUACACCAGCUGUGACCACGUGACGGGACAGUGUGUGUGUCUGCCCAACGUGGUGGGACUGAGGUGUGACAGCUGCGCACACGGCGCCUACGGCUUCCCCCACUGCCAAGCUGGGACCUGUCAUCCUGCCGGCUCUGUCCACAAUGUGGUACAGCCACCGGUGGGCCAGUGUGAGUGUCGUCACCACGUGGAGGGACCAGCCUGCGACACGUGUAAACCUCUGUACUGGAACCUGUCGCCCGACACUCCUGACGGAUGCUCCAACUGUGAGUGUCACACUGCAGGGACUCUGAGUGGUGUUGCUGAAUGUGCACAGGAAACCGGGCAGUGUCACUGCAAGCCAAACGCCUGCAGUGGAACCUGCUCCACCUGUAAAGAUGGCUACUACAACCUGCAGGAGCACAGCUACUUCGGCUGCCAGGGUUGCCAGUGUGACAUCGGCGGUUCAGCGGGUCAGUCUUGCGGAGAGAGGAACGGCCGUUGCCGCUGCAGACCCAACGUGGAGGGAGCAAAGUGUAACCUACCUCGUCCAGACCACUACUUCCCAGACCUGCACCAUCUGAAGUUUGAGAUCGAGGAGGGCACCAUGCUGGACGGCAGGCCGGUGCGAUUCGGCUACGACCCGCUGGAGUUCAGGGACUUCAGCUGGAGAGGCUAUGCUCUGAUGUCUGCGAUCCAGUCCAAGGUGUUGGUGUCGGUGUCCGUCGGCUCUCCAGACCUUUUCCACGUGGUGCUGCGCUACGCCAACCGGGCGGGUUCGGACGUCCGGGGCAGGGUGUCGGUCAUAGAGGACGGCUGGAGCUACCGCUGUGGCAACUGUUCGGAGCAGUCAAAGCAGAUCGUCUUUGCUCCGAGUGCGGAGCCGACAUUCGUCAACGUUCCCCAGAAUAACUUUGUGGAGCCGUUUGUCCUGAACCCGGGAACCUGGACUGUGGUGAUUGAGGCUGAGGGAAUCCUGCUGGAUUAUUUAGUCCUGCUGCCCAGCGCCUACUAUGAAGCUCCCAUCCUGCAGAUCAAGGUCACAGAACCCUGCACCUACAGCUUUGCAACUGACGCCAACCAGAACUGUCUGCUGUACAGAUAUCUCUCUCUGGACUCCUUCCCGUCCAUCUCCGGCAACGACGCCAGCUGCCGCAAUGACAACCACCUGCCACGCCCCUGCCCUACUGAGAGGGUAACCCCGCGCCACCCGGACAUGGCCGUCUGCAGCGGCUACGAUAUCAGCGUCGAGCUGCAAGGCCGUCUCCCGGCUCGGGGGGACUACGCUCUGGUGGUAGAAUAUUCCAGCGAGGAAGAAUUGCCACAGACUUUGUCUGUCGUCGUCAACAUGCCGGGAUCCCGAACGCAGCAGCACAGUGUCACCCUGCUGCACUGUAAAUACAGCUUCCUGUGUCGAGUCGUGGCCAUCGACGCACAGAACAGAGUGGCCGUCUUCACUCUACCCGCCGACGCCGAGGUCCAGCUCGUCUCUGACCGUGCCAGCUUCUUCCUGCACAAAGUUUACCUGGUGCCGAAAGACCAGUUCACCAUGGAGCACGUUGCACCCAAAGUCCACUGCAUCAGCACUCACGGACAGUUCUCACCUGACAGCUCCUCCUGCGCCCCCUCGCGCUUCAGGACCCCGUCGGACUCGCUGGUCUUGAAGGACGGGCAGAGCUCCUCCACGCUGGAGCCCAUCCUGGCCUCCCCUGCCGGAGCUCCUCCUCUGCCCUUGCGCCAGGGUGACGAUCCGCCCUGGACCGGAGGAGACCGACCUCCCCAUGGAGCAGACACCAGCGACCACGUCCGGCUGGACUCGCUGCAGAAUGCAGCAGUGUUCUCGACUCGCGUCCACGCCCUGGGGCGUUACGUCUUCAUCCUCCACUACCACCAGCCUCUGCACCCCACCUAUCCUGUGCAGGUCUACAUUAACGGCGGACGAAUCUGGCAAGGCCACGCCAACGCCUCGUUCUGUCCCCACGCUUCCGGCUGCCGUAACGUCCUGAUCUCGGAGAAUCAGAUCAUUCUGGAUGUGACGGACCACGAGGUCUUCAUCACAGUGCAGAUACCUGCAGGCAAGACCCUGUGGCUGGAUUAUGUGCUGGUUGUGCCUCAGGCGAGCUACAGCUCCAGCUACCUGAACGAGGAGCCUCUGGACAAAUCCUACGACUUCAUCAGCAACUGUGGCCAAAAGAGCUUCUACAUCAAUCCCGCCACCGCCUCCAAGUUCUGCCUCAGCUCGGCCGUGUCUCUGUCGGCCUUCUUCAACAACGGGGCGCUGCCGUGCGCCUGCCACGAGGUCGGAGCAGAGAGCGACACCUGCGAGACGUUCGGCGGCCAGUGCCGCUGCAGACCGAAUGUGAUCGGCCGAGACUGCUCCAUGUGCGCCACGGGCUACUGGGGAUUCCCCAACUGCAGACCCUGUAACUGUGGCUCGAGGUUGUGUGAACCCGUGACCGGUGACUGCAUCUGCCCCCCGAGGACCCUGCGCCCUGAGUGCACCCAGUGUGAGCCCCAGACGUUCGGCUGCCACCCGCUGGUGGGGUGUGAGGUCUGCAACUGCUCUCGGCCCGGCAUCGUCUCCCUGGACGUCGGCUGCGACACGCUCAGCGGGCAGUGCAGAUGCAAGAACAACAUCGUCGGGCGUCAGUGUGACCGCUGCGCCCCUGGUUUCUACGGUUUCCCCAACUGCAGGCCAUGUGACUGCAACGAGGCGGGAACCGAGGAGGAAGUGUGCAACUCCUUCACAGGACAGUGUCUCUGCAAGGAGAACGUCCAGGGUUCUCGCUGUGAUCAGUGUCGAGUUGGUACGUUCCACUUGGACCCGACCAACCCGAAGGGCUGCACCAGCUGCUUCUGCUUCGGAGCCACCGACCGCUGUCGCAGCUCGGACAAAAGACGCACCGAGAUCAUGAACAUGGAGGGCUGGGUGCUGCUCGGGGCAGACAGACAGGAGGUCCCGGUGACGGUGUAUCCUGGUCAGGACCUGGUCGAGGCCGAUCUCAGUGAUGUACCCGACGUCUACCAGGAUCUCCACUGGCACUCGCCAAAGACAUACCUGGGAGACAAGGUCUCGUCCUAUGGAGGUUAUCUGAGGUAUCGUCUCACCACUCAGACCAUGAGGGGCGAUGUGUUGUCUCUGCCUGCAGAAGCCCACAGGCCUGACAUCAUUCUCAAGGGGAACCAGAUGACCCUGGUGUUCAUGGAGAGAGAGUACUCCUCACCCGAGGAGCCUCACCUGGGAAUAGUUCACAUGGUUGAGGGAAGUUUCCGUCACGCCCAGACCGGUAACUCUGUGUCCCGGGAGGAACUGAUGAUGGUGCUGGUCGGUCUCGAGUCCCUGCAGGUCCGGGCCAUCCACUCCCAGUCGGCCCACUCGGUGUCGCUCCGCGGCGCCGUGCUGGAGGGCGCUGCGAGCCUCCCCGCCGGUCGCCAUGCCAACAACGUGGAGAUCUGCAUGUGUCCCGCCAACUAUCUGGGAGACUCGUGUCAGAAAUGUGCUCCUGGUUACUACAGAGACACGAUUGGCCUGUUCCUGGGGAAAUGUGUUCCCUGCAACUGUAACGGACACUCGGACCAGUGUCUGGACGGAUCUGGAAUCUGUUCGAACUGCCGGCACAACACAGCGGGCGACCACUGUGAGCAGUGUCAGGGUGGUUUCCUUGGCAACAACAGUGUUGACGGACAGGCAGUGUCGUGCUCCAGUUGUCCCUGCCCUCUGAGGGUCCCAUCCAACAACUUUGCAGAGGGUUGUUUGCAGAAAAACGAAAGGAUGCAGUGUCUGUGUAUGCCCGGUUAUGCUGGACCACACUGUGAAAGGUGCGCUCCCGGUUUCUAUGGCAACCCCAUGGUGCUUGGCAGCAGGUGCCAGCCGUGCCACUGCCACGACAACACCGACCCCAACAUGCUGUUCACCGACUGUCACCCGCUGACCGGAGAGUGUCUGAGCUGCAUGCACAACACGGCCGGGCCUCACUGCGACAUCUGCGCUCCCGGUUACCACGGCGACGCCGUCGCUGCCAAAAACUGCACCAAAUGCAACUGUUCCCCAUGUGGCACCGAGUCAUGUGACCCUCACACUGGACAGUGUCGCUGUAAGUCAGGAGUCACAGGACCGCGCUGUGACCGCUGCGAGGAUGGCUCAUUUGGCUUCGACUCGUGCUCCGGCUGUCGCCACUGCGACUGUGAGGCGUCGGCCGCUCUCGUCCAGCCGUGUGACGCUCAGAACGGUCAGUGUGCCUGUCAGCCCGGCGUCAAUGGACCAAAGUGCACACAGUGCGCCCCCGGAUUCUGGGACUACGGACCGGACGGAUGCAAGAAGUGCCACUGUAAGGGCGGUCGCUGUGACCCGCGGACAGGAGAGUGCCGCUGUCCCGACGGGAUGACCGGAAAACAGUGUGACGUCUGCACACAAAAACACAAUGUGAUCGUAGAGGAGCACCAUGGCAUGCACUGUGAACCGUGCGACAGCUGCGUCAUCGUGCUGUUGGAGGAUCUGGACCAGAUGAACAGCAACUUCAGCUCCGUGGCCGCUCAGCUCGGCAAUCUGAACGCCAGCUCCAUGGCCUGGGCUCAGCUGCAAGUCCUCAACAAGACUGUGGAGAACCUCGCCCGGGACAUUGAGAACUACAACAGUACCCUGGAUGAGAGCAGGAGUCGGGCCGACAUGCUGGAUGCUGAGAUCGUGAAUAUCAAUGAUGACAUUGGUGAACUGCAGGACAAGGCAGUGGUGAUGAGCGACAGGGUGGAUGGUCUGCAGAACAGUACCACUGACACACACCAGAGGGCGCAGGAUCUGCUCAUGUUCAUCCAAAACCUGACCAUGGAUAUAAAUGACAUUCUGCUGACGGCGAACAGGUCGUCGCUGAACGACACAGGGGCGGAGCAUGACUACGAGGAGAGGGAGAGGAAGAUGAGGGAGGUGCAGGCCAUGCUGAGGGAGAUGAGGUACAGGAGCUGUGUGGGACAGAAGAAACUGGCCGAUAAAGAGAAGACGGAGGCUGAGAAAUUGUUGGAUCACGUGAACAAGGCGCUGGCCGGUCGCCAUGGACAAAACAAGGACUUGGCCAAGGCCAUCAGAGACCGCCUGGCGCGCUUCCACUCGGAGAUGAUGGACCUGCGAGACGCCCUGAACGAGGCCGUGAACAACACGGCCAGAGCCGCGGAAAUCAACAAUGUCAACGAGAAGAAUCUGGAGGACAACAAGAGGAGGAUCGAAGACCUGCUGUCCGAGCAGAAGGAGGUGAACGACCAGUUGAGCAUGGCCGAGGACGCUGUGGCCCAGGUCAACGAUGUGCUGUCCACGCUGCACGACUCGAAAGAGGAGUACGAGCGCUUGGCGGCACAGCUGGACGGCGCCCGGACACCGUUGGCGAAGAAGGUGCAGGACUUCGCCGGGGCCGAAUCGAAGAUCCCGCUGGUGGAGGAGGCUGAGAAGCACGCCGAGCUGCUGGACGCUUUGGCCAUGAACCUGACCAAUUUGGUUGCAGAAACUAAGAGGGACGGAAUUGUUGAUGUGACACAAGCCUACCACAAGAUUAUCAACAGCAUCAAGGAGGCGGAGGAGGCCGCCAACAUGGCCGACAAGGCUGCCAACGCCACUGUGGAGAACGUAAAGAACCAGGACCUCGGUCAGAUCGCCGAUUCUCUGAGGAACCACAGUGUGGAGCUGAAGGACGAAGUCGAAAAGUUAGAUGAUGAACUCAAUAACGAGCUGAAGCCUCAGCUAGAGGAGGCUCAGAAGCGACUGGACGAUGCCAAGAACAAACAGGUUCAAGUGAUGAAGGACCUGGAGAAAAUUCAGAACAACCUCAACUCCACCACAAAUGUGAGUCAGGAGAUCGACGCGGCGAAGCAGGCGGCCGACCUGGCGAACACCACGGCCACCCAAGUCAACGAUGCCCUGCGCCCCAUCAGAGAGCAGCUGGACCAAUGGGAGCAGACCUACGGUGACGCCAACGCCACCAACGACGACAUCAACAAGGCGCUGAUGGAGGCCAACAAGACUGUGCACGAGCUGGGCACCACGAUUCCCACGCUUCUAACGAAGUUGGAUCGACUGCAGAAUAACUCCAUCCAGAUGCCGAACAUCUCUGAGAACAUCAACCGCAUCCGACAGCUCAUACAGCAGGCGCGCAACGCCGCCAGCAAGGUGAGCGUGCCGGUGAAGUUUAACGGGGGGUCCGGUGUCCAGGUUCGUACUCCAGCUAACCUGGCCGACAUGGCUGCCUACACCUCCCUGAAGUUGUACAUCACUCUGCCGGAAGCGGCGCGGGCGAGGCGGCAGGGCGACGGCACCCAACAGUUUGUCUUCUACCUCGGCAACAAAGAUUCCAGUAAGGAGUUCUUGGGGAUGGCGUUGGAGGGGAAGCGGCUGCGUUGGUACUUCAACGUUGGAGGAGAGACCGCUGAGGUGCAGAUGCCUGAAGACGUCAAGGCCAAUGGAUAUUUCAACAGCGUAGUGCUGGAGAGGACACUCCAGUACGGUCAAAUGUCCAUGUCCUCAGAGACUGAGGGGGACCAGAGAGUCACCAAAGCCCAUGUAGAGGCUGGAGGAGACCAGGGGCUGCUCAACCUUUUGACCAACGACACCGUGUUCUACGUGGGAGGAUACCCGAGCACCUUCAAGCCCCCCUCCCAGCUGGCUCUGCCAAACUUUAAAGGCUGCAUCGAGCUGGACACGCUGAACGAGGAGGUGCUUAGUCUGUACAACUUUGAAAGAACCUUCAAUCUCAACACCACCGAGGACAAGCCUUGUGGAAGGCCCAAGCCGGUGCUGACUCAGGCCUGGGUGAAUGACGCAGCGUACUUCGACGGCACCGGCUACUCCGAGAUCACCCUCAGCGACGAAUCGACUCGCAUGCAGCGCUUUGAGCAGGAAGUCAAACUGCUCUCACAGAGAGGGAUACUGCUCCUGCUGCGGAACGGGAAUCAGUUCCUGUGUCUGGCGGUGCUCAACGGCAAACUGAAGGUUUUCUACGAUUUAAGUGAUAAUCUGGUGGAACUCGAGCCUAAAGAGCCUGAAUCUGAUUUCCUGAGGGUCAGCGACGCCGACCCCAAAACUCUGGAGAUUAUCAUCCUGCGUCAAAGCCCGAACCGCAUUGUGGUGAGGAACAACCGCGUCAGCCUUUACACCCACCAGUUCACCGAGACCAUCCCUCCAUUCGGCGGCUACUAUUACCUGGGAGGAGUGCCGCAAGACAAGAUGCCCGAGAAGUUGAAGUCUCUGUUUCCCAAGCAGGGCUCUCUGAAGGGCUGUUUCAGGAACGUGAAGGCCCAGAACUCUCACGUCGACCUGAAGAGGACGAAGAGCUCCGGAGUCAGUUUUGGCUGUGACAGCGACCUGCUGGUGGCUCGCGAGGCUCAUUUCUCCGGUCAGAGCUACCUGGAUUUGGCUCUGACCAACGUGCCCAGCCUAAGGGACAACUUCUACGCCAGCUUCAGCUUCAGAACUGAAAAGAAGGAAGGCCUCAUGUUCUACCAUCAAGACAAGGAAGGAGUGUGUCAAGUGUUUUUGCAUGAGGGCCACGUGGUGGUGAGGGCCGGCAACAGUGAGAUCAGGACGCAGAAGACGUACAAUGAUGCCAACAGCCACUACGUCGCCAUCUACAGUAACACCAACGGGAUGCGUCUGUACAUGGACGACAUGCUGGAGAAAGCCAAGGAGGGCAUCCGUCUGAACAACAGGGUGCGCGGGGGGCCGACCUCUGGGGGCAGCACCUUCCUGGGAGGAAUGCCCGACCAAACCAACGCCAACCUCACCGGAUGCAUCAGCAAUGUUUUCAUCAAGAGGGAAACGAGUCCCCAGUCGGUUUUGAAUCUGCUGAAAGUCAACGAGAACGUCAACGUCCCCCUGAGUUGCCCCGCUGCCUCGAAACCUCAGCAGAUUGUCGCCGCGCAGCCCAAACAGAGCAACAAACCCAAGGGUAAGCACAAGAAGCCAUCGGGGUCUCGCAGUCGUAACACCAGGGACUCGUGUCAGGCGGAGCCGUCAGACCAAGAGGCCGGAGCGACGCACUUCAGCGGCUCCUCACACAGCUACCAGAGAUACGACGCUCUGCCCAGCUCACUCAGCUCCACGCCUCACAUCUCCAUGUCGGUGAGGAUCAACUCCUCCGACGGUUUGGUGCUCCAUGCGGCUGGGGGGCAGCGUGGCGGAGCCGCCAUGUCCCUCAGCGUGUCGGGCGGCCACCUGCUGCUUUUGUUGGACGGGGGGAAGAGAAAGGUCAGCCUGCGCAGCCGCAAGAAGUACAGCGACGAUCAGUGGCACACGGUGUUUAUAAAACGCGAGGGAGAGAAGAUCAGUCUGAUAGUGGACGGUAUCGGCGCUCAGUCAAAGAGGAUUCCUGGAGGAGACAGGACUCGCCUCAGCGGGCCGCUGUAUGUCGGAGGAGCCCCGCCCACACUGACGGUCCCGGGCUCUGGUGGUUUCACCGGCUGUGUCAAGGACCUGACGCUGAACGAGGUCCCCGCAGGAAGCCCCGCGCACAGCCAGGGGACGGUGCCCUGCUUCCUCAACCCUCUGCAGCCCGGAGCCUACUUCUCUGGACAGGGAGGACACAUCGCAAUAGACGAGUCCUUGGUCCUGGGUCGGGAUCUUGAGAUCCAGCUAGAGGUUCGACCCGUCUCGGACUCUGGGCUGCUGCUGCAUGCCGGCACGUCACCUGACCAACACCUGAGUUUGGUCCUCAGUCAGGGAGAGGUGACCGUCUCGGUAAACAGUGGCAAAGGUGAAUUCUCUGCCUCCUUCACUCCUGAAGAACCUCUAUGUAACGGACGCUGGCACACGAUCACAGUGGUGAAGAAGAACAACGUCCUGCAGCUCCAUGUGGAUGCCGGCAGCGAGCACAGCGUCGGCCCCAAACAGAGCCGCUCUGCAGGGGCCAAGGAGACAGUUUACCUUGGAGGGGUACCUGAUGGUAUCACUGUUCCCGGUCUGCCCGCCGCCCUGCCGGCUUUCCACGGCUGCAUCCGCCAAGCGACCGUCAACCACAGACCGGCCAUGUUGUCCAAACCGCUUGCGGUGCACGGAGCGGUGGGGACGCAGGGCUGCCCACACAUGUAAACCCAAUACACAGUCUUAUCCUCACAUUUCCCAACUACAAAUAAAUGGUGGUGGGUGUCAUGUUACUGUAGCUAAUUUAAAAUAUAUAUUAAUAUUUAUUGUAUAUUUUCAGAAAAAUAUAUAUUUUAUAAUUCCCUGUUUGUUGUCGCAAUAGUAUUGGUUUAUGUUUUUUUUUUGCUACAGGGUGCUACAACAGUGACACAUGUCUGCACAUAGAGAUGCACUGACAAGAUUUCAAAUAUCAACUCUAAAAUCAUAAAUCCAUUAUAAAAAUGUGUAGUAUAUUGUAAAUAAAGUCAACAGCGUGAAAUUGCUUUUUUGUAUACAACAAAUGAUAAAAUAUAAAUUAUAGCUCAGAUAAUUUUUGUCCUUUGGCUCAAACAAACUUUCCUGAAUCUGCAGUAUACUGCAUUGAAUUACAGGAUGUAAACAUCCGUGUAUUGUGCAUCUCCAGCAGAGAAUGUUAAGAAAACCUACUGAGUCGGUUCACUGUGAACACUGACGUAAGAGCAGUGUCCUCGGGCAGCGGAGAAGGGAAAUGUCGCCUGCAACGUAGACGGAGUCGUUUAGUCUCAAUAACAAGGGCUCCGAUAUGA